GCAGGCAGCAACGCGGAAGCGGAGAUUCAGGCUCCGGCUCCACGUCAUUUUAGGUGCACUGUUGCAACCAAACCAUGGGGUUUGCUGUUUGAAACUGCCAGCCUUAGUAUUGUUUGGCCUCGUAGGCAAACAGAACAGCGACGGGUUUUGGAAAUUGGUUUCUUCAGAUCGGCAUCUUUGGUGCUUCUUCCUGAUGGGUGAAUCAAGGCCUCGCCGCUCCACCCUGGUGUCCAGGUUGCCCAUUUUUAGACACAGUGUAAGGAAAAGGCAGGACUCUCUGCCAUCGUCUCCGUCCUCUGGCGGUGUAGGUAAUGGCGUGCACACUUCUUCUCCUUCAAGCACCAACUCGAGCUCCAGCAGCACGGGAAAGCGGCGCAGCCUUUUCCGAACACCAUCUAUAAGCUUUCAUAGCAAGAGGAGCAACGAGUUGCACGCCGAUUCCAGCCAACUCAGUGCAGACAAUCGGAGCCGGCUGUCCGAGCCGAGCUUUAACGACGGUUGCAACCACAAGACACGGCAUUCGUUUGGAUUUGGCGGACACAAGAAGAAGCUCAGCCGCUCCCAUACAGAGGACUUUGAGAAAGCCCCCGCUAACCGCAAUGUUUUCAUUAACUGCAUUAGCUCAGGGACGAAUGAGGGAGAUGAUUCCGGCUUCUUGGAUGACGUCAGCAGCAAGAGAUCUUCCAAACCAAAAAAGCUGCUGUCCAAAUCUUUUUCCGCUCACCAUCGGUUUUCCAAGAACUCCUCUAACCAGGUUGAACAGGGUCAAUGCAAGGACGAUGCUCCCAAGACAGGAACUCCAGGUUCCUGGCCUGGUGAACUUGCAGAGAGCUCUCUACAAUCCCCCAUAGUUUCUGAGGACCGCACAACAGCCAUUACACCCUCAGACUUUGUCCAUGUCACCGAGGACACUGUCUCUGAAGUGGAUGCUUUGCCUGUUCCGAGUCCAGCUGAAGUCACUCCUGAGAAUAUCAGCCAAGGUGUUUCUACCUCACAGACAUGUGCCAAACCAGAUCAGUGUACUAUGGAGAAGCCUGUGCUGCCAGAUAUCAGCCAAACUGCCAAUAUACAGUGUGACAGUACCAUUACCCAAACAGAACCGGAAGCACUGAACACAGCAGAGGAGCAGCGCCAGGAUCAGAUCGAGGCCAGUGAAAACGAACUGAACCCAGAGCUGAGCGAGGAGAGCAGCUCCAAUGCAGAGCCCAGAGAAAGAACACACAGAAAUACCGUGUUGGUCCAGCAGCUUGGAAAAUCAGCCGGCCUGGGCAAACUGGAGAGCAGGCCAAGCUAUCUGAGGAAACCUCACACAGUGUCCAUGUGCAGUAGUAUGAGCCCACGUCGUGAAGUGAUGCGUUUGGAAAGGAGGCUGCGCUCAGCUUCAGAGGGUGCCGGAGGACCAAGACUUCAUCUCAACCUUAAAGAGCAUACCUGUAUGGAGACCAGCAUGCUGGCCAAACAUAGAACCAACUCCUCGUCCUCCAAACUGGGCAGCCUGGAUUUUUUGAACAACCUUGGCUCUUCUGAGCUAGACGAGGAUGAUCUAAUGCUGGACCUGGAGCUCUCAGAUGACCAGAGACAUCGGCAUGCUUCUCAGGAAGACUCCAGUCAAUCUCUUGCCUCCUGUCUGAACCUGCUGCCGUCCCCGUCGGAUCUGCCGACAGACCCGAACACUGCCAAGGAGUGCAGAGAGAACAACAGGGAGCCACGGCCUGUGUCUCUCUGUGUGUCCUGUGAUGAGGAGUUGUUCUCUGGGCUGGAGACGUUACCCUUCAGGCUGAUGCAGCAGGACUGCACGGCCAUGAAAACACUCCUGCUGCGUCUUCGUAGGGUUCUGCAGGAGAGCACUGAGCCCAGCCCUGCCAGCAGCCUUCACUCUUUACCCAUAAGCCCUUGCAGUGAGAAGUCACCAGCUUUCAAGGAUCCAGUGCGAGAUGAGAGCCAGUCCCUCCAGCAGCAGCUGAAAGAGAGAGAUGAGUUGAUCCUGCUUCUGCAGACUGAGCUGGAAGCUGCCCGUUCUGCACAGAAACCCCUUUGCCAAAAAACUGACAAAACAACCCAGACAGAUCCUCCAGCCCCAGAGGCUGUCCAUCCAAGUCGAGCCAUAAGCAAUAGCAGCAGCAGUCUUCCCAGGGAGCGAAGGACAGCCCGACUGUCCAGUUGGGGAGAAGAGCGCCAUGGUACUCGAGAUCUUGCUUCAGUCCAGAGGAGAUCUGAACAAACAUACUCGUCAUCUUCUGAGGCAACUACACCGCGAAAGCUAGAGCAUCUGGGUCCCUCUCAGAUUCCUCGUGCCGUGGUGAGCGGCAGCUCUUGCAGCCUCUCCUCAGACGGUGAGAGAGUCGCCAUAACAAGGCCACACUCUUCAUUCAGUGGGCGUCUGGGCCAGCCACCACGCGGGCCGCUCUCUCUGCAUAUGUACAGCCGCAAGAACGUCUUCCUCCAGCAUUCACUCUACACUACCGAGCUGCAGGCACUCGGCCAGCAGGAUGCUUGAAAACACACACACACUUUUUAAAUUAGACUUCUGCACUAAUCAUCAAUCCCUCUGCCUCAGCAGCUGUUUGACCUCUGCACAGUUUGGACGGAGCCCCAAUCUAGCUUCUGCAGCUAUCUUAAAAAUACCAUCAAUCCGCUGUUGACCCUGCUUGACUUCAUUAUACAGCUGUGUGACAAAGCCAGUAUGGCCUUGUAAUAGUGGGUCUGAUGCCAGUUCACCGACCCUCAGCUCAUUGCUGAAAGACUGACAUCAGAGAUCAUUCAGCAUUAUUUUUUCAAACGUGUAACUGUUUGGUUUUUUUUUUUCCAAAUCUGUUUGGUAGUGGUACCAGUGAUAAUGUCUAUUUGUGUGUAUUUAAGCUUAGCAUCUUCACUUACCUCCACUGAUCUGCAAGGAAAAGAAGAAAUAUAACGAUGAGCGUUAUCAGAACGUACCAGACUUGGUAGAACUGAAACACAAGUACUCGUGUCUUAUAUCAAAUCCAGCUGUGCUUAAUAUCUAUUGUGUUAGAGAUCUGUGUGUAUGGAAUGUACACAUUUGUACUUUAUCCACCAGCAUUUUUUUGCACCAACGAAUGUGGCCCUGCACAUGUUGCCAACUCGUGUCUCUGAAGGAUUUGAAGCUCUUGCUGCUAGCUGGGGAAUAUUCUAACACUCAUUAACCUUUACUAAUUGCAUGCUACUUUGCUACUUUUUUACAUAGCAUAAACAGAAAUCAGAACCGAGCCUUUUUGUACAGUGGCUUAGAAAUAGCUCUUACAGUAUUCUAAUAGGAAGCAGUGGCAGCUUCUAGUGAUCACCACUGCCUCGUCUAUAAAUGGACACUAUGUGAGUUCUUUUUAUGCUCAACACACAUGACUCUCAGACACGACUCUUCUUGCCCUACAUGUGACAAGUCAAGUCCUAGUCCAGCAAUCCUCAUAUUUAUAAUACAAACCCAAUUUCCAGAAAAGUUGGGAUAUUUUUUUUGAAUGUGUUGCAGGAAUCACAUUCUAACCUCAUUUAUAUUUCCAAAAUGCAAUUAAGUUGGUCAGUUAAACUAUUGAAAAUCUUUUCUUUGUACUUUUGUUAGUUAAAUGAACAUUUCACGUGAAUUAACAAAUCACACGUUUUUUGUUUUAAUUGCAUUUUGGAAAAUGUCCCAACUUUUCUGGAAAUGGAGUUUGUAGAUAAAGCACACUUCACUUCACAAACGGUGCAUAAGAGCUACACUGAAGAUAUUUGUUUAAAAAAUGGAUUCACAUUCUGUGAUGACUUGGAUAAAUGUAAAAAUAUCUGUACACUGUUCAUGGAGCUUGGUUUUAUAUAUAUAUAUAUAUAUAUAUAUAUAUAUAUAUAUAUAUAUAUAUAUAUAUAUAUAUAUGGAUGUAUUUUUGUCCGAUGUUGGGACACUUCGGACCAAUGAGCAUCGAAGGGCAUUCAGAGGGGAAGGAAACCCUGAAGAAACUCACUUCUAUCUAUCCAGCAGGUCUGCUCCCGGAGGUCCGCUGCUCCACUUAGAGCAGUCUGCUGGGAGAGGCAGCGUUCUCUCUCUCAGCCCUACUUGUACAGCUCCGAGAGAGAAAGAGAUUUAGCAUCCUCUUCCCAUCACCUUGCUGUGAUCUCAAUAUCAUCCCUAUGUGAAAGUGGAACAUGCUUCUUACGUGAUUUAAGAAUGACCUUGCAAGAAUGGAGACUGCAUUUCCUUUGAACGGUUGCUUUUAGUGAUACUGUUAUGGCGGAACGCCAACUCAAAACGCAUGUUUGAAGAGGCAAGCGACUUUUAUCUGUGUUACCCUUCAGCUGUUAAUUGGCAUAAAACCUUCCAAGGUAAAUGCCAUGAUGGCAAAAGCACGGGUGAUUAAUUAAUGAGUACGAGUGAGACUAAAUGGCACUUGAUAAAUGUUGAUGGAAAAAUCAUUCGUAAGACUGUAUGUAUGAAACACAUCCUCUGGACUGACACUUUAAGUCAACUAGAUUAGGUAUUUAUUUUGCGCCUUAUUUAUUAUGUGCAUUGUGAUAUCACUCGAAGGUCUUAUUUUGUACGUGGAACUUUGAAAACUGGCAUCCUCAUAAAGGAUGCUCUCAAUUUAUUAUGUUAUGCUGAGAAGAAAAAAAUGAUCUGUAAAUGAUGUAUUUUCCAAGAUGUACAGGGUACAUUUAAUAGCAGCACUUUGAAGAAGUGAUUUUAAACCAUGAUCAAGCUGAGAAUUUAAUAUACUAUGUUCCUGUACUUUUUCUCUCAAGUGAUUUUCACAAUAAU